AUGCAGACGACGACACUUCUAGCUUGGGUUUUGACCCUCACAGCGGCGGUCCAUGGGGAUACGGGAUUCCUCCUGAACACACGUCGCGAUCAGGAGAAUCCCCAGCCAAUUGAGGCGGAUGUGGAGUUUCUAGUGAAGAGUUCUUUUUACGCCGCCAAUCCCAUAGUCUUAAACAUUCCCCGCUGGCUGGGGGGCAGUUCCUCGCCAGAAAUCUCCGCUGUGGCCUCCGCCCGACUUCAACAGCAGGAUAGCAAUAUAAUCAGCGUGGAUCUGUCGGAAGCCCAGAAUGAAACGGAGAUCAUCGAAAGCGUUGUCAGCCUAGUAGUCCUCCUGAAUAGCAACUUUGAUGUCCCACUCGAUCGCAUCCUAGUUGUGGGUUUCGCUGAGGGUGCCCAUUUGGCUGGAGGAGUGGCGGCCAAGGUGCAGCAGGACCUGGGUGACCAGUUGCCUCGCAUCACAGCCCUUGAUCCCUCACCCGGCCAAGAUCUAGAGCACCAGCUAUCCCCAACGGAUGCCCAGUUCGUUGAGGUUGUGCACACAAAUGCCGGGGGAGAGGGCACCUGGGAGCAGUUGGGUCAUGUGGAUUACUACCCGAACGGUGGCCAGACCCAGCCUGGCUGCUCCUCGAACUCCUGUUCGCAUGAGAGAUCCCUGGAGCUGCUGGCGGAGAUGUGGUCGCCGGAGAAUGACUUUGUGAGCGCCCUCUGUGGCUCCGUGGAAACCCUCGGUGCCUCCAACUGCCGCUGGUCCAGCCACAAAAUGGGAGAAGAUGCGGAGGAGCCGCCCGCCUCAGGCAUCUAUUUCCUGGAAACCCAACAGUCCUCACCCUUUGCCCGGGGAGCCUACUACAUCGCCUUCUUGUGAGGAGCAUUUCCAAUAAAAAGCCAAAAGAAUAAAGGAAACACAGAGGAGCAA